CCUUUCAACACAACCCUUCAAUCACCCACCGACGCCUUCGCCCAAGCAGCAGCCUACUACAGCGUCGAGCAGCAGCCAAACUUGUCAACACUCCGAGAGCCGUCCCCUGAACCAGAUCCUCGCGCAACCGACACCAACACCAACACCAACGCCGACCCAAGCCCGCAGCAAAUCGCCAUCAAGCGCACCAAAUACGCCAAAUCCCGCCUCGCCACCGCCCACGAGGGCUGGACCAUCGUCGUCCAAACCCUUCUCAACAAGGGCAUCGUCCCCGCCGACGAGGGCCUGACAAGAGAGAUGAAGGCGUUUGGCGACGCCAUGUGCGGCCGGUACGCCGCUGCGAGCUUCCUCUGGCGUGUGCUGGAUGAUAUGCCUGAGGAGGACUGGUUUGGGGAAGGGGAGAAGUUUGAUGCCACGCUGCGGCGUCUUAAGACGCUGGAGCGGUUGGAGGGGAGGUUGGUUUGCUGGGAAGGGGUUGUGUUAAGGUUGGUAGAGUUGGUUGAGGGGAUGGAUGGGGAGGAGAGGAACGAGGGAGUCGUGGACGAGGUGAGGAGGCUUUUGACGCGCUGGAGGAGCGGUGUGCCGAGGAAGCCGUAG